CUCGCAGCAUUCAGUUCUCGACGCGCUUUUUUAUCUGUUAGGGUUUUCGCAACUCUCUCUCUCUCUCUCUCUCUCCGGCGGGCGCGAAGCACAGAUGGCGGACGAGGCUCAGUACGCAUCGCCCACAGACUCCUCGUUAGGCAGCAAGCGCAAGUACGAGGACGAGACAGCGCCCUCUGGCCCUCGUAGGCCCACUGGCUUCUCGGCUCCCGUCGCGUCGCAGUCACCAGACUCCGCCAACGCGCCUUCAUACAACAGCGUUCCUCCUCCUGUCGACGACAUCCAGCUCGCCAAGCAGCGCGCCCAGGAGAUCGCUGCUCGACUCUUCAACAGCGCCGAGGCAAAGCGCCCUAGGGUUGACAAUGGCGCUACAGGCUUCGAUUCCGCGGACAGUAAGGGUUUCGGCUCUGUCCUGGAUGAUGCUGGACAGAAGCCUCUCCUGUCAAGUGUGACUCCCUCAUCAAUGCCUGCUGCAUAUGGUUACCAGGGAACAAGCAAAAGGAUUGAAAUACCGAAUGGGAGGGUCGGUGUCAUUAUUGGGAAGGCUGGAGAAACUAUCAAGUACCUUCAGCAUCAAUCUGGAGCCAAGAUUCAAGUCACUAGGGAUAUGGAUGCAGACCCUAAUUCCCCCACGAGGACAGUUGAACUUAUGGGUACUCCAGAUCAAAUAACCAAAGCUGAGCAGUUGAUACAAGAUGUACUUUCUGAGGCUGAAGCUGGGGGAUCAGGAACUGUUACUCGGAGAUUAAGCGGACAGCAAUAUGGCGCUGAGCAUUUUGAAAUGAAAAUUCCCAACAACAAGGUUGGUCUUGUAAUUGGAAAAGGAGGUGAGACCAUAAAGAAUAUGCAAGCCAGCUCAGGGGCUCGUAUUCAGGUGAUUCCGCUGCACCUUCCCCCAGGUGACACAUCGAUGGAGAGGACAGUACAUAUAGAUGGGACCAGUGAACAGAUUGAGGCUGCAAAACAGUUGGUCAAUGAAGUUACCAGUGAGAAUCGUGCUAGAAAUCCAUCAAUGACUGGAGGAUAUCCUCAGCAUGGUUACCAAGCACGACCUCCAACUAGCUGGGCUUCUCCUGCUCCUCAAAUGCAACAACCUGGUUAUGGUUACACACAGCCGGGAGCAUAUCCUACCCAAGUACCACAAUACAUGUCUCAGCCACAAUACCCUGGGUAUCCUCAACAAACCUCUGGUGGUUAUCCUACUGGCUGGGACCAGACAACUGGAGCACCAAAUCAGCAGACUGGUCAGGGAGCUGGUUAUGAUUACUAUAGCCAGCAGCCUCAGCAGCAGCAAGGAUCUGGUGGUUCUUCAGGCCCUGCAGAUAAUACCAGUUAUGGUUACAGUCAGCCACCAGUUUCUGGCUAUAAUCCACAAGGACAAUCUUUUCCUCAAGGUGGCUAUGGUGGAUAUGCAGCCCCAGUUCCACAACCUGGAUAUGGUCAGCCUCAGCCAAAUCCUCAGGGUUAUGAUCAGCAGCAAGGGUACGCUUCUUAUGGUAAUGCAGCCAACCCAACCCCAGAGGGACUCACAGCUUAUGCGGGAGCUCAGGGGGAUUCCAAUCAAGCACCUUCAAAUGUUCAGUCAUCGGCAGCAGGGCAACAAGGACAGAGUGGAACGCAGCAGCCAAGCCCCAACCCGGGUAGUUAUCCACCUCAGGGCUCUGCCCAGCCAGGUUAUGGAAUUCCCACUUCCCAACCUGGUUAUGGGACUCAACCGCCCUCCGGAUAUGGGCCCAACUAUGCCCCACCUCAGGGUCAGAAACCUGCAGCCAAUCAGUCGGUUUAUGCGCAACCCCAACAAUCACCCAGUGCUCAAGGAGGCUAUGUGCAGCCUACUGCUCUGCAGGCUGGAUAUCCUCACUCUCAGCCCCCACCAUUGCAAGCAGGUUAUGCUCCACCUGAUUCAGCUUCGCAGCGCCCUCCAUUAUCUGGUUAUGGUGCUCCAACGGUUCAACCAGGGUAUGGCACCCCGCCCUAUGGUGUAGCUCCACUGCCUCAGCCAGGUUAUGGGCAGCAGCAGCAGCAGCUGCCACCUUACAACAGUUCAUAUGGUGGUGGUUAUUCUCAGUCUCCAGCUUAUUCUACAGAUGCCAAUGCUGGGGGAAAUGCAGCACCAUCUUCUCAGAGUGGCCAAGCUAGCGGAGCUGCCAAAGCAUCACCUCAGAGCUAAUGGGUGGUAAGUGAAUAAUCUCGUCAACAGCAAAUCUUAUUUUGGUGCGUAUUUUUGUUUGUGGACAAGGCUGUUAAUUAGUUCAUGCCAGGUUUUGUAGUUGUAAUAGACAUACAAUUCUAGAAUGAUUUUAAGUUCCCUUUUAUGGAUAUUAAUUGUUUCUUGUCUGAACAUGGAUCGACUCUUUUAUUAGUAUUGUUGUUGUUGUUGUUGA